GCCUUCUCCUGUUCAAGUUAUUUUAACUUAUUUAAUAUCUUAUAAAAUAAGAUUAGAUUAGAUAAGAUCAAAUAAGAUAAGAUAAAAUAAAUAAAAUGUUAUGUUCAAUAUAUCUUCACUCAUCUGAGAAAAAAAAAUUAAGAUAAGAUCAAAUAAGAUAAAAUAAGUUCAGAUAAGAUAAGGUAAAAUAAAUUCAAUCAAACGGACUCGAAAUAAAAGAUUUUCAGUCAAAUUUUUUUUUUUUUUUUAAUACAAAAUAAGAUAUAAAUAAGAUCUGCAUGGCACUGUAAUUUACUUUAUCAUCGUGACUCAAAAUUGCAAAACCAAACUCUUCUCACCCAAUCAAAUAACUCUAUUUCCUAAUGUUUGUAUAUUUCGAUACAUAAUUUCCUAUAUAUACCAUAUGUUCUGCUCAAUUUGGUGAGAAACCAUUCAAUAUAUUUUACUCAUCCUGCAUUAAACAUGGUUCUCAUAUUGAAAAACCAUGGAAGUACUAUUGUAAUACCUUUAGAAUUGGUGUUUCACAUACUCUCAAUGCUACCGGUAAAAACGUUGUUACGUUUCAAAAGCGUAUGCAAAGAUUGGUACAAUAUCAUCAAUGACUCUUAUUUUAUUAAACUCCAUCUUUACCAAUCCCUCAAAAUUAAUUCCGGUCAUGAUCGUUCCUUAGCUCAUACCGAUUUCAAAUUACUAUAUCUUGUAGAUGAUAUUGAUUUCCCUUGUCAACAAACAAUACUACAUUGUCCGAACGAAGUCGGUUCGGACGAAAUCAAACAGGUGUUUGAUGUAAUUGGCUCAUGUAAUGGAUUGCUUUGCUUACGAUCUUGGGGUAAGAUUGAUGGUUUCAUUAUAUGUAACCCAUCAACACGGAGUUUUAAAUGGAUCUACAUGCCUAUUACACAUUUGGGCAAGACGCAAUAUUGGUUGCGAUGUGGUUUUGGUUAUGAUAGUAAAAAGGAUGAUUUUAAGAUUGUUUUGACACUAAUGAAGGGGUUUGAGAUAGUAGUGUUUUCUUAUAGCUUAAAGUCAGAUACUUGGAGAGUACACCAUUCAUCUUAUUAUGAUGUGAUUGGUGUUGUUAAUUCCACAAGGGGACCAGAAGAUCUGUUGUUGUUUUGCCCUGCUGGUCUUUUUUGGUAUGAUCAAAAGCAUAAAACAUUCAAGAAUUUUAAAUAUGAGACGUUUCAUUGCCAAACAGUCCACACUUAUGUGGGAAGCCUUGUUUCUAUACCAGGUUGCUCACAAAUGAGGUUGGAGAACAAGUGCUCUGAAGACUGA